CUUUGAUUUCCCACGCAAAAGACGUUGUAUAUGCGAAAGGUGGCGCGAAUUUAAGCGACUGUAAUAUUAAAGCAUCAAUACGAGUACGUGUCAGCAUUAUUCAAAGUUCAAAAAGUUAUUCAAAGUUGUGUAUUCAAGAUUUUUCGAUUUUAAAAGGAAGCUAUGAGUUUGUCUCCAGCUGUUUACUUUUCUCCUGAGUAUAAUAUGGCAGGAGUUAGUAGGAAAUUGGAAAGUGAAUUUAUAAGCAUGCAAGACAAAAGUAUGUGUGUUUAUGCAAGAGUAAGACCAUUGCUUCAAAAAGAGGAAGAAUCUGGAUAUAAUGCAUGCAUUGGAGUUAUAGAUGAAGAAACUGUGAGAGCUGUUGUUCCACCAAAUUCAGUGAAGUAUCGCACUCGUAACCAAGACAUAAUUGAAGAUUUUAAAUAUACUGCUGCUUUUGGUCCUGAAAUUGGGCAGUUUGUAUUCUUUGAAGAAACGAUGUGCAAUCCAAUGCAAGAUUUUAUUGAAGGGAAAAACAGCCUUAUUUUUAGCUAUGGUAUAACAGGUUCAGGAAAGACCUAUACAUUUCAAGGUGAUGAAGAAAACCCAGGAAUAAUAACUCUAGCAUUACGUCUUUUCUUUGCCUCCAUUGAACAUCAACUUUCUAACAGAAGCUCUUUUAAGCCAGAUAAAUUUGCUGAUAUUAAUCACUUGAGUGAUGAAGAGAUUGAACAAGAACAAAAGCUGAAGGAACAGCUUCUUUCCAUGCAGCGAGAGAGUGGGAACUUGACAGGGUGCUCCAUGACUGCAAAAAAGUCCUUUGCAAUGUCAUUGUGUGAAGCAUUUUCUGAUAAUUUUAAAUUUGAAGAGAGAGAAACAACAUUGCCUUUCGAAGAGAUGAGUGCUGCUCAGUCUGCUAUGCAAAUGAAAGAACUUUGUAAGAAGUGUGCUGAUAAACAAUCAGGCUGCUGUACUGUUUGGGUUUCUUUUGUUGAAAUUUAUAAUGAAAAUGUGUACGAUCUUCUUCAGCCAAAUAUAAACUUGAGAACACGGCUUACAUUAGGAGAAGACAAGAAUGGUGAUGUGUAUAUUAAAGGAUUGAGAGAAAUUUGUGUCUCAAACUAUGAAGAAGCUUUGCGUCUUCUUGAUUUGGGACGAAAAACAUUGAAAAUAGCAUCAACUAAGUUGAAUUAUCAGUCAAGUAGAAGCCAUUGUAUCUAUACCAUAAAAGUAGUAAGAUUAAUUGAUGAAGAUAAUAUGACUGUAAGAAUCAACAGGCUAGCUUUUUGUGAUCUUGCUGGAUCUGAACGUGCAUCAAAAGCUCAAACAACUGGUUUGCGACUUAAAGAAGCCGGUUGCAUCAACACUUCUUUGCUUGUGCUUGGAAGAUGCCUAGAGCAAUUGCGUGUAAACCAAAAUCUGAAAGACAAAAAACUAAUUCCUUUCCGAGAGAGCAAACUUACACGCCUGUUUUCUGGAUUCUUUUUGGGCAAAGGAGGUGCUGUCAUGAUUGCCAAUGCCAGUCCAUGUGAUUAUACUUUUGAUGAAACUCUGAAUGUACUUAAAUUCUCAGCCCUAGCUAAGGAGUUGAUGAUAAAUGAUUCCUAUAUGUCUAUGGCAUCAAGUUCACUGCAGUCUAUUUCUAACCAAUGGGCAAAAGCAAGGCCACGCAUUUCAAAUUCAUCAGAAGGUAAUCAAACUAUAGAUAUGGAUUACACAGCAGAAGAAAUUCAAGAAAAGGAUGAACUGAUUGAGAAACUGCUUGACCUAGCUGAUUCCUUACGCCAAAAUCUUGAGAAAGAGUGCAAGGAGAAAGCAGAACUUGAGUUUAAAAUACGGCAAGAAGUUUGUAAUGAGUACUCAGAAUACAGUGAUGCACUUCUUGAGAAUCAAAGGAGAAUUUUUGAAGAAGAAAAAUCCUCAAUUAUUGAUAUAAACAAGAGGAGAAUUGAAGCUUUAGAAGAAAUGUAUGAGAGAGAGAUAAAAAGUUACAAGCAACAAAUAGAGGAAUAUGAAGCGUUAUUAGAUGAAAGUCGGAAUACUUCUGUUAAUACUGAAAUCAAUACAUCAACAGCUCAAAUUUUCUCCGAUACUUCUUUUGCUGCUGCUGAUGAAGACCAUGAUGGAAAACAAAAUAUUAUUAAGUCUGAGAUUUGCCAUUCAGAAACCUUACCUAGUGAAUCACCAGCAGCACUGCUUAAACAGUAUAUUGAGAAAAAUAAAAAUUUGGAAAAAGAAAUGAAUUCCCUGAAGGAAAAAUUAGAAUUAACUGAAAUGGAACUCCAGAAGACAGUUUUAAAAGAAGAAAUGAAUGCAGAAAUGAAAUAUUCAGAAUAUACUAAAAAGUUAGAAGAAUCAGCAUCUGUUACUGAAGAGUAUAAAGAGGAGAUUAACUUGCUUAAAGAAAGCUGUUCAUCAUAUGCAAGUAAAAUUAAAAGAUUGCAGGAAGAAAAGAUGAUUUUGGAAGAUGAUGUUUCUUCUCUUUCUGCACAGCUCGCUUCUACCAGCUUAGAAUUGGAAAAACUGAUUCAAGAAAAAGAGGAACUUGGAAAAAUGCUUGCAAGUGCAUCUGAAGAUGUUCUGAAAUACAAAAUGCAAGAAGAUGAAAAUAUUGCCUUGCAACAGAAAUUGAAGGAAUCUUCUGAAACCAUAGAGCAAAACAGAAAUGAAAUUACACGGUUAUUGAAUGAAAAUAAUGAUCUGAAAGAGAAUAUUUCAUCUAUGACAGAUUUGCUUGUAACUACAAAUAUUAAUAUGGAAGAAAUCAAAAAUGCAAAGACUGAAACAGAGGCAGAAUUAGCCACAUCUUUAAAAAAUCAUCAGAAAAAAGAAGCUGAUUUGCAAACCAAAUGUGAUAAUCUAAGCAUCCAACUGAAGCAGGCUGUUGCAGCUCUUGAAGAAGAAAGUAACAAAAUCAUGGAGUUGAAAAAAAGUGAAACUUCAUUAAUCAGAAGUCAAGAUGUGCUUCAUUUAAAAUUGCAGAAUGCCCUGGAGGAUUUGGAAAAGGAGAAAAACAAAAUUAUUGAAAUUAAAAGAGAGAGUGUUGGUAAAGAGGCUUAUCAUCGGUUGAAUAUUGAACUCCAAGACAUGACUCAGAAUUUAGAAAACAGUCAAAAGAUCAUUGAUGAAUUAAGGAAAAAGGAAGCUAAUUUAAAGGAAAAAUGUGAUGAAUUAGAUCUCAAAUUGCAUGCUUCAGUUUUAUCUCUGGAAGAAGAAAGAUAUAAAUUUAAUGAAUUAAAAAUAGAAGAUUCUGUGGCAAAAGAACAGUUCUGUGAACUUGAAGAAAAGUUAAAGGAGACAAUAUUAGCCUUGGAAGAAGAAAGAAGAAAAACUGAUGAAUUAGCAAAAGAUCAUGCAAAAACAAAAGCCGAAAUUGAAGAGCUACAUUUGCAGCUGCGUGCAGCCGAUGAAUCACUUAAAGAGCAAAAAGAUAAAAUUGACAUUCUGGGGAAAGAAAAACAUAUUCUUGAAGAAAAUAUCCUUAAAUUAAAACAAAACCUUCAAGAAGCUGUUCAGACUUCAACACCUGACAAAGAGAAAACUGCUGAUCUUAGAAAAAUAUAUUGUCCGAUUGGUACAGCUGCCUUGGAGGAAAAAUAUGAAGAAAUAGAAAAGUUGAAAAUAGAAAUAGAUAAACUGAAACAAGAAAAAAGCACUCUUGAAGGAAAUAUCCAUAAAUUGGAAAAAACUCUUCAAGAAGCUGCUCAGAUAAGUGAGAAGGAGAAAGCUGACUGUCUUAGAGAAAAUGCAGCUGCCUUAGAGGAAACAUGCAAAGAAGUAGGAAAUUUGAAAACUGAAAUACAUACACUGAAACAAGAAAAAAGUACUCUCGAAGGAAAGUUCCAUGAAUUACAGCAAAACCAUCAGGAAGCUGUUGAAGCUUUGUCAGUUGAAAAGAAGAAUGUUGAUGAGCUUGGAAAGAAUGCAGCUGCCUUAGAGGAAAUGUGCAAAGAAGUAGGAAAUUUGAAAACUGAAAUACAAACACUGAAACAAGAAAAGAGCACUCUUGAAGGAAAGUUCCUUGAAUUACAACAAAACCAUCGGGAAGCUACUGAAACCUUGGCAUUUGAAAAGAAGAAUGUUGAUGAGCUUGAAAAGAAAAAAAGCACUCUUGAAGAAAUUAUCCAAAAAUUGGAACAAGACCUUGAAGAAGCUGUUCGUGUUUCAACAUCUGAGAAGAAGAAAGCUGAUGAUCUUCAAAAAAGUGCAGCUGGCUUGGAGGAAAAAUGUGAAGAAAUAAAAAAGUUGAAAACAGAAAUAGAUAAACUGAAACAAGAAAAAAGUACUGUUGAAGAAAAGAUCUGUGAAUUACAACAAAACCAUCAGAAAGCUCUUGAAGCUUUGGCAGUUGAAAAGAAGAAAGUUGAUGAACUUGAAAAAAAAAAAAGCGCUCUUGAAGAAAUUAUCCAUAAACUGGAACAAGACCUUGAAGAAGCUGUUCAUAUUUCGACAUCUGAGAAGAAGAAAGCUGAUGAUCUUCGAAAAAGUGUGGCAGCCUUUGAAGAAAAAUGCGAAGAAGUAGAGGGUUUGAAAACAGAAAUGGAUAAACUGAAACAAGGUGCAGCUGUCUUAAAGGAAAAAUGCGAAGAAAUAGAAAACUUGAAAACGGAAAUAGAUAAAUUGAAACAAGAGAAAAGCACUCUUGAAGGAAGGUUUCGUGAAUUACAACAAAACCAACAAGAAGCUAUUGAAGCUUUGGAUGUUGAAAAGAAGAAAACUGAUGAGCUUGAAAAGAGUCAGUUGGAAGCAAGAAAAGAGCAGCAUAAUUUGGUUUUGCAAUGUCAAGAAGCUGUAAAAACAUGCAAUGAUUAUCAAAAUGAAAUCAUCAUGUUGAAAGAAGGCACCUUUCAUCGAUUAAUAGAUGUUCUUGAACAAUGUGAAAAUACAGCAAGUCUGAAAACUAAAGAGUUUCAUUCUAAUUGUAUAAAACAUUUAGAGGAAUUAACUGACUUGAGAAGACAAGUAAAUGAAAAAAAUAGCAGUAUUGAAGAUAUGGAAAAAGCAUUAUGUGCCAGCCAGCAGCAAAUAAAGGAAUUGACUUCCAAGUUUAAGAAGCAGCUUAAUGCAGAGAAAGAUCAACACUUUACUGAAAUUGAAAAGCUUAUGCAGCUUAAACAGAUAAUUGAAAAGGAAAAUAUUGCUCUUAAAUUAAAAAUUUCCCAGGAAGAAGAAGCAGGAUCAGAUAAAAGACCAAUUAGUUCUGAGGAAGAAAAUAAGAAGUCAAGUAGAAAUUCUCGGAAGAACGAUAAAGAAAAUUAUACAGAAGCUAAACAACACACUCGUAAGGUAUGA